CGAGGAAGUGGAGCCGAGAUGGUCAGCGAGGAGCUGGCGUUCCGCCUCAACGACGAGGAGUACAAGAACUGGCUGAAAGCGGGACGCUGCCUGCUCCUCCUGAAGGACGGCCUCCUCCCGUUCACCGAGCAGCGGCUGAGAGCUUUCCACGGGGACCUGCUCAACCAGCGGCCUCCCCUGCGGACACCCUGCGAGACCUCUUCCUGUAAACCCCGAGGGAACGCGCUUGCCUCGGUGUGCAGGGGCUGCUCGGAGUGGCAGAGAGAGAUCCUGAAACACCACAGGCAGCCCAGCGGCACAAUCCACUGGACGAACUGCUUCCCCCCCAACUGGAGGACGGACCACUGGGAGGUGGCCAAGGCGUACAUGCCACGAGGUCAGGCUAAGGUGAACCGCGCCGACGAGUUCGACGCCUCCGCUCUGCUCAACCUGAUCAACUACUGCGACUGUUUCAGCUCCGUGGAUCCAAAGCUGGUGAGGCAGGUGAUUCAGUGCAGGAACGAGCUGAUGCACUCUUGCGAGUUGCGGGUGAAGGACGACUGGAUGAGGCGCUACAGGUGGACUCUGAGGCACUUUGUGCAGCAGCUGAGCUUCGUGCCCCACAUGCUGACCGUCGGGAGGCAAAUCGAAGGCAUGCUGACCGUAGAUCUUUCAAUACGCGUGUUUGGUGUCGACCGACUGGACUCCGCCGUCGCGAUGGCCGCAUCAGACCCCGACUUGCUGGAGCCCGACGCCGAGUCGGUCAGCCGGUGGGAAUCCGAGCUCCUGGGGGAGAUGCUGCGGGAGUGUCUGUGUGCUCCCAACGAGGAAGACGAGGAUGCAAAGACGCAGGACGCGGAGCAGCUCAAACGGCUGCAGGGCUUCCUCCAGGCAAACAAAGAUCUAGGAGAGAAGUUCUCCUCUGAGCUCCAAGCGAUCGACUCUCUGCAGGCUAAAGGAGGAGAAGAGGGUUGAAAGAGAACCAGAGUACGUUUCACACUCGAUGUGGACUUGUGCUUCUUGCUUGAAAUGGGCUAUGGUCAGAUCAAGUCGGGAAACAACUGUACAGAGUUUAUUGUUUUGACUGCAUGCACUUAUUAAGAAGAAUACGGGGAUAAACACAAAAUGUAAAAAAAUCUUUUCUUUUUUUAAGAAAGAACUUUAGCUACCAGUGAUAUCAACUGUCUGUUUAUAUUUCUAGCAAAAAUAUCCAGAGACUUUUUUUUUCAAUAGCUUACUGUUUCAACACCAAAUGUGCCUCGACUUAAAGGGCUUUUGUUUUAUACGUUUUAUGUUGGAGAAGGCUAUUAAUAGUUUUUCUCCACGUUUAACAGCAAUAAUCCUCCAUUGCGACAGCAUGUCUGUGUUUUUACCAAUGACCUGAUUCACAACUUUGACUGUUCUCCUGUUCAAACAGGGUCAAAAUCCUACAGUCCGGUUCAAAUAAAACUUGGAAACAAGGAAA